AUGCCCUACCGCAUCGAACGCGCGCCCAGCAACCGCUCGGGCUGCCGCGGUCCCAAGCCCUGCGCCGGCACAAAGAUCCUCAAGGGCGAGCUGCGCCUCGGCACCCUCGUCACCAUCCAGGGAAACGACACCUUCCACUGGCGCCACUGGGGCUGCACCACCCCAAAGAUCCUCAGCAACAUGCGCAACGGCGACGGCAUCGAGACUGCAGACGACCUCGACGGCGCAGAGGACCUCGACCAAGACGCGAGGGACAAGAUCACCACCGCACUCCAGGCGGGCCACGUCGCAGCAGAAGACAUCCCCGAAUCGGCAAAGGAGAAGCCAAAGGCCGACGACGGCGACGAGGCCGACGCCCAGGACGACGAGCACAAGCAUGUCCAAGACGCCAAGCCCGCCAAGAAGGCCGCCAAAAAGUCAAAGGCCAAGGCUAAGGUCGAGAGUGACGACGAAGCCGAGGUCGAGGAGAAGCCCAAAAAGGCCGCCAAAAAGGCCAAGUCAAAGGCCAGGAUUGAGGACGAGGACGAGGUCGAUGUCGAAGUCGAGGAGAAGCCCAAGAAGAAGCGCGGCCGCCCCAGCAAGGCCGAGACCGCCGCUAGGGAUGCGGCCGAGGUAGAGGCCGCCACCAGUGCCGCCGCUGCGGCUGCCGAGCCCGAGUCGCCCAAGAAGAAGCGCGGCCGCCCGCGCAAGAGCGACGUCGAGGCGGCCGCCAAGCCCAAGAAAGAGGAGCACGACGAGGACGAAGACGAGUCGACCGCCCCCAACGGCAGCGGCAGCAACGGAGCCACGGAAGCCGCCCCCGCCAGCGCAAAGAAGCGUGGCAGGCCGCCAAAGGCCAAGGCGGAAAAGGUCGAGGCCGACGACGAGCCGACGUCGAGCGACGUGCCGGUCGCCCCCGCUGCCAAGAAGCGCGGCCGCCCUCCCAAGGCCAAGGCUGUGGAAGCGGCCACGGAUGAGCCCUCGUCUGAGGAUGCUCCUGUCGCUGCCGCCGCCGCCCCUGCCAAGAAGAAGGCGGUCGGACGACCGAAGAAGGAAGUCAGCGAGGGCGACGGCGAGGCCGAUGCGCCGGUGCCCAAGAAGCGUGGCCGACCUCCCAAGGACCAGGCUGCUGCUGCCGCCGCUGCCGCCGCCGCCGCUGCCGCCCCCUCGACUGACAGCGAGGCCGCGGCGACGAGCACGAGCGACGAGCCGGCCAAGAAGAAGCGCGGAAGGCCGAAGAAGUCGGUCUGA